AUGGGUUCUUCGGGUGGGUCAGACGACUCAGAGCCAGAGAGAGGCAGAGACGGCCCAGAGGAAGCGUACCAGGAUGGAACAGAGCCUGCGCCUGGGAGCCUGCACCGGGAGCUUGCACCGGGAGCCUGCACCGGGAGCCUGCACCCGGGAGCCUGCACCGGGAGUCUGCACCGGGAGCCUGCACCGGGAGUCUGCACCGGGAGCCUGCACCAGGAGCCUGCACCGGGAGCCUGGACCAUGAGCCUGCACCGGGAGCCUGCACCAGGAGCCUGCACCAUGAGCCUGCACCGGGAGCCUGCACCGGGACGAAACAGAAACACAGACAUGUGGGUCCCAGCGGGAUGGAACCCAAACAUGUGGCUCAGAGAGGGGCCCCUGCUCCUGCUCCUGCGACUGUCCAGGGCCUUGACCCGAGACCCGGGCCCUCACCCUGCUGUGACUGCAGACUCAUGGCGACACCCAUGGAUGACGGAGCCGCUUUUCCACUGUCUGCACUGGGUCGGAGAGAUCGUGCUACUGUUUAUUCUGGAAGGUGUGAUGCGUGGCUAUGCAGCAGGAGAAGGGCUGUGGGGCUGGGCCCUGGUGCUGCUGCAGACUGGGGUGGCCUUUUGCUUCAGCCUCAUCCUGCUCUGUCCGACUGUUGUGGUGGAGCUCCUCCUACUGGACGUGGGCUUGGGCGCGGCCGGUGUCUCUAUGGUCUUGAACUACUUUGUGCUAUUUGUCUGGGACCUCCAUGGGACCUGGGACCUCCACGGGACCUGGGACCUCCUCGUAGGCCUGCCCCCCGGCUGGGUGUGGCCGUGUCUGGGCCUGGUGCAGCUGUUACUGGGCCUGAUUUUCUGUAUCACGAUCAUAGUGGACAGAGUGAGCCCCUUCGGGAUUCUGCUGGGGAUGGUGGUUCCUGUGCUCCUCCAGUACCUGGGUGAUCCUCUUAUGCCUCAGCAGGUCUUCUUCUUACUGAUCCCGGUCCUGAUCCUGAUCACGUUGGACUACAUGCGUUCAAUGAAUUGGUACAAUGGUGAAAGUUUUGACCUAAAGCUGAUCUUGAGGGUCUGGAGUCGCUACUGGAUCGUCCGUACUUUGGUCAAAGCUCUGAUCCUUCUGUACAGCCUGCAGGUAAAGGGCAGCUGGCCGGGCCUCUGGGAGGUCUGGUCUGACCUCCUGGUCUCCAGCUGUGACUCUGCGAUCUCCGUGAUUGGAAUGAACGCAGCCUUCACAUUAGUGGCAGUGAUGCUUAAGGAGUCGUUAAUUGAGGAUCAUGAAAUCAAUGAAACGGAGCCAAACUCCACAGCUGAUCGCACCAUCCUCUGGAUCGUGGUUCUGCAGUUUGGACUAAACCUCCUGGAGCCUGCACAGAGACUGGAGCGUCUUCUGCAGAACAUGUAUCUGGUACUGGCCUUGGUUCUGGCCUACGCUCAGGACGUAAUGCAACGGAUGCACUGCUCCCAGAUAGAUACUUUUGGGGUUGACUGGGAACACGGCCUCCUCCCUGCGACGGUCGCGGCUGUGCCCAUGUUGUGCCUGCCCCUUUUUCUGCUGCACAUCUGGAAGAAUCAAUAUUGGAACAUCAGGCUGCUUGCGGCGACUGCCUUCGGUCUCCAGGCCUUUUUGAAGAUGCUGGUGGUAAUUGUGCGCUUUAAGAGACUUUGGUCCAGGUGGACUCUGCCGCCCCUAGUGGUCACUCUCUGCGCUGUAUUGACUAUGUACUUUGCGGAAGUGGCCUUAGGCACUUUGAUGAUUGCAGUCGAAGCCUACGACCUCAUGAUUGGGUCCGGAAGCGAACGACACUUCUUCCGCAUGAUUGUUCUCCUCUGCCACGUGGUGAAACCGACAGUGACUGCCUUCAGAGUAUUAGAAGACUUCCCGAAUUGGAACGUGACGAACUGGGACUGGUUAUUGGUGCAGCAGCAGGGUGUGGUGCCUCCGCAGCAGCAGGGUGUGGUGCCUCCGCAGCAGCAGCAGCAGGGUGUGGUGCAGCAGCAGGGUGUGGUGCAGCAGCAGCAGGGUGUGGUACCUCCGCAGCAGCAGCAGGGUGUGGUGCCUCCGCAGCAGCAGCAGGGUGUGGUGCCUCCGCAGCAGCAGCAGGGUGUGGUGCCUCCGCAGCAGCAGGAGCAGCAGCGGCAGGUGGUGCUGCUGACAGAGGAGCAGCUUCAGAACACAGAGGAAGUCUGUUCCAUCUGUCUGGACGGGUUCGGCGGGAGAGUCUCAUGUGCCACUUUCUGUUCUCACUACUUCCACGUCUGGUGCCUGCGCCGCUGGGUCUUCUUCAGACAGACCUGCCCCAUGUGCAGUAGCUUUGUUGCCAGACGACCCUUGCUCCCUCUUCCCCCAGAGGAGGAGGAAGAAGCGAGGGAGUGGGAGAGAUACCAAGAAAUGAUCUUGUUUUUCAACGAGGCCUGGGACUGA